ACAAAGAGCUCCAAAAAAAUUUAACGAGCCAAAAUAAAGCAGAGUAGUGAAAUACCAAUAUGCAACAUAGUGAAAGUAUAGAAGAACGGCAGCAGCCUGUAGCGAGAAUACGAUCCACCUUGAUUGCAGGCGUGGACGUGAGGAGCUGUGAGGUUAUGUGAGAGAGAAAAUCCAGAAUGGAGGGGCUGUUGUGUCUUCCUACGUGAAGACCUUCAGGAAAAAAUGGAGAAGGAGAUAAAAAGGCGGCCGUCUCCGCGUGGUUAAUUUUUGGGAGUUCGAGAGCAAGCUGCAGCUGUUUUCGUGCACCGGAAGCAAACAAUAAUUGGAGAGGGAACAACUUUUAAUGUCUUGGGCCCACAAAGGAGGGACACUCAACAAAACCACUCAAAUUCUCUUCUCUGUUUUUCAAGUUCUUUGAAGGUUUUCGCAGAAGCUCCAUCAAUGGCGUCAAAAUCUCAGGUAAAGGCCAUUGGAAUCGACCUCGGCACCACCGACAGCUGCGUGGGGGUAUGGCAGAACGACCACGUAGAGAUCAUACCCAAUGAACAAGGCAACAGGACAACCCCUUCCUACGUCGCCUUCACCGAUACCGAACGCUUGAUCGGCGACGCAGCCAAGAACCAGGUCGCCAUGAACCCCUCCAACACCGUCUUCGACGCCAAGCGCCUCAUCGGCCGCCGAUUCUCGAACUCGUCGGUGCAGAGCGACAUGAAGUUCUGGCCGUUCAAGGUGGUCGCAGGUCCCGGCGACAAGCCCAUGAUCGUCGUCACUUACAAAGGCGAGGAGAAGAAGCUCGCUGCCGAGGAGAUUUCUUCCAUGGUGCUCACCAAGAUGAAGGAGAUCGCCGAGACCUUCAUGGGUCAAGCAGUGAAAAACGCCGUCAUCACCGUUCCAGCGUACUUCAACGAUUCGCAGCGGCAGGCGACAAAGGACGCCGGUGCCAUUGCGGGACUUAAUGUGAUGAGAAUCAUCAACGAGCCGACGGCGGCCGGAAUUGCUUACGGUUUGGACAAGAAGGCGUCGAGGUCCGGCGAGCAUAAUGUGCUAAUUUUCGAUCUCGGCGGCGGAAGUUUCGACGUUUCUCUGCUUACGAUCGAAGAGGGGCUUUUCGAGGUGAAGGCCACCGCCGGAGAUACCCAUCUCGGAGGCGAAGAUUUUGACAACAGACUUGUGAAUCAUUUUGUUGCGGAAUUCAAGAGAAAGUAUAGGAAGGACAUAAGCGGAAAUGCAAGAGCUCUGAGACGGCUGAGGACGGCGUGCGAGAGAGCGAAGAGGACGCUGUCGUCAACGGCGCAAACCUCCAUUGAAAUUGAUUCGCUCUAUGAAGGUAUUGAUUUCUACUCCACACUAACCAGAGCACGGUUCGAAGAUUUAAACAUGGAUUUGUUCAGGAAAUGUAUGGAUCCCGUGGAGAAAAGCCUUCGGGACUCGAAGAUCGAUAAGAGUCAAGUUCACGAAAUCGUUCUCGUCGGUGGGUCGACGAGAAUCCCCAAAGUUCAGCAGCUCCUGCAAGAUUUCUUUAACGGCAAGGAACUCUGCAAGAGCAUUAAUCCCGACGAGGCCGUCGCGUACGGCGCUGCGGUUCAAGCGGCGAUUCUGAGCGGCGACGCGAACGAGAAGGUCCAAGACUUGCUUCUGCUCGAUGUCGCGCCUCUCAGCCUCGGAAUCGAAACCGAGGGCGGCGUGAUGACGGUGCUGAUCCCGAGAAACACGACGAUCCCGGCCAAGAAGGAGCAGAUCUUCUCCACUUAUUCCGACAAUCAGCCCGGAGUACUAAUUCAGGUGUUUGAAGGGGAGAGGACUAGAACUAAAGACAAUAAUCUUCUGGGGAAGUUCGAGCUCACCGGAAUUCCGUCGGCGCCGAGAGGUGUUCCCGGGAUCAACGUUUGUUUCGACAUCGAUGCGGACGGAAUCUUGAAUGUGUCAGCGGUAGACAAGACAGCGGGGGUGAAGAACACGAUUACGAUUACCAACGACAAGGGCAGGCUGAGCAAGGAUGAGAUUGAAAAAUUGGUGAAGGAUGCAGAGAAGUAUAAGGCGGAAGACGAGGAAGUGAAGAAGAAGGUGGAAGCGAAAAACUCCCUUGAAAACUACGCGUAUAAUAUGAGGAACCCCAUCAAGGACGAGAAGAUCGCCGGAAAAUUGAAUCCGGCGGAGAAGCAGAAGAUUGAGAAGGCUGUAGAGGAGACGAUCGAGUGGUUAGAGAGGAAUCAGUUGGCGGAAGUGGAGGAGUUUGAGGAUAAGUUGAAGGAGUUGGAGGGGCUGUGUAAGGGCGGCGGCGCCGGCGGGGAUGCGCCGAUGGGUGGUGCCGGAGACAGGCCCGGUGCCGGCAAGCUCGAGCUCACCGGGAUCCCGCCGGCACCGAGUGGUGUUCCCCUUCGUUUUGACAUCGACGCGAGCGGAAUCUUGAAUGUGACAGCAGAGGACAAGACGGCGGGGGUGAAGAACACGGUUACGAUUACCAACGACGAGGGGAGGGUGAGCAAGGAUGAAAUUGAAAAAUUGGUGAGGGAUGCAGAGAGGUAUAAGGCGGAAGACGAGGAAGUGAAGAAGAAGGUGGAAGCGAAAAACUCCCUUGAAAACUACGCGUAUAAUAUGAGGAACACCAUCAAGGACGAGAAGAUCGCCAGAAAAUUGAAUCUAGCGGAGAAGCAGAAAUUCCCUCUUUUGAUGAGGCAAUCCAUUCAUGAGGCGGGUGAAAGCUUGGGGAAAUGGUACAUCUCCGCCAAGGAGAGAGAGCGAUUUAAGAAACAUUUUAGAACCAAAGAUCCGAUUAUUGGUAAAGUUCUGGAUUUAACUUUUAUGAAUUUGUAUUUUCCAAAUGUAAUGAAGAUGUUCAGCUUCCUAGGGUGGCUUAAAUUCAUUACUUACCAACCCAAGGGAGUGUACCCAAAUUUAGUUCGCCUUUUUUAUGCGAACUUAGGUCAUGAUGAUAAUGGAUACUUUACUCAGCUCUUAGAACAACCUUAUAGAUUUGAUGCCCAACGGUUAGCCGAGACAUUUGAAAUAGAAAGGGGUACUUUUGAUUAUCUUGACCUUGAAUCCUCUUGGAUUAAUGAGCAAGGCUUCACAGUUGAAGCUUUUCUAAACCGGGUGAUGGAACAUCCUGUGAUAAACCUAAACCAUCCCCCAGCAUAUAAAACCUUCACCCUAGAGGCCAAGGUGAUCCAUCAACUCAUUUCCUACAAUAUCUUACCUAAGAGUGGAUCUCAAGUGAAUGUUUCAUAUUUAGACUGUUUUAUAAUGUGGUGUCUGAUUAUGGGUAAGAAGGUUGACCUCCCCAGUUUGAUAAUCAAAUGGAUGUUUGCUAAGACUACUGGGCAUCAGAUUAUCAUGCCUUAUGGAGGAAUCCUUAACAAGAUUUUUGAGAAAUUAGGACUCACUCGGGGGCCUUCAUUGCUUGUCAAAUGCAAAUCUAUUGAUAUCUUCUCAUCCACGACAGUUAAACAAAUGGGUUAUGAACUGGUUGGUAAUAUCUGGGUAGCACAAGCUCCACUACAUGGUAGGGUAGGGGAUCAGUAUCUAGCUCAGCAAAAUCAGCCCCAGCAGCCUGAGCAGACCCCCAAUUCUGAAAUCCUAGCUGCCAUUGAAAGGCUUUCUAAGUCUUUUAAUGAGUUUGUAGGUUUUGUUGACUCCUGGUUCAUCUCGUUUCAGAAUGAUUUUAUUGAAUUGACAGAUAUUGUGCAAUCCAACUUUACCAUCAUUAACAACCGCUUCAAUGACAUUGAAAGCAUUGACAACUUAAAAGGGAAAAAUCCAAUGGAUGUCAGCAGCAAUGAGGCAGAUUCUUCUGACGGAGAACAUGAUGGUGGUGAUGAGUAGGGUGCAUAACUAAGGGGGAGCAGCUCUCUUUGUAAUUUCAUAUGAAAAAUAAUUUGAUCCUAAGUUUUGUAAUUAUAAACACUCACUAUCUUAUUUUGUUUAUGUUUUUAUGUUUUGCGAGCACAACACUGAAUAUUACUAUUUAUAACUUACUGAAUGUUUAAAUUCAUUUGA